AUGGAUGAACUUUUAAUCGAAAAAGUUCGUGAACAUCCGGUUUUAUACAACCAUGGUUCUUCCGAUUAUCGGGACCAACAAAUUAGACAAAAUGCGUGGGAAGAAAUCGGAAAAGAGCUUAAAAUAACAGAGAAUAUUGCUAAACAAAAAUGGGAAAACUUAAGGAGAUGUUUCUGUAAUGCUCGGAAUAGACGUAAAGAAGAAACAAAAAGUGGCAUGGCUUCCAAAAAGAAAUCUCUAUGGAAAUACGAAUUACAAAUGUCAUUUAUUAUACCAUACUUGGAAAGCAGAAAGACGCAUAGUAACUUGAAUGAAUAUCAGACAUCUACAAAUUUGAUCAGUGAGCCAGAUUUGUCAGAGGAGUCUGAAGAAGAAAAUAUACAUUGUCAGUCAGAACAAACACAAACAUACAGAGAAACGCAAAAUGAACGAAGUAUUCAAGAUAACCAAGAUAUAGGCGAUGAAGCAACAUUAAGCAAUGCUGCAGCAGAUGAAACAUAUUACGAACACAUAAAACGUAACAAAAAACAAAAACAAAAAACUGACAACCCAGCACAACAACUAGUUGAAAUUCUAAAAGAAAAUUCUAUUCGUAGAAAACGUCAGUAUGAAGAAAAGUGUAUCAGCCAAGGACAUAAAAUAACAAAACAAUUACCAAAAUUUGAACAAGCUCAAAUUAAACUUGCAUUAAGUAACUCAGUAUUAUCUGCCGAAAUAAGAUGUAAUCAAGAACUAAGGUCUUCAGCUAUUUAUCCCAGUUAUCCUACACAACACCUAUAUGUUUCAACUCAUUCCCCAGCACCUAGUAUAAGUAACUUGCAGACAAUGCCAUCAGCUUCAAGUCAAUCCUCAGCGCCUAGUACGAGUAGCUUACAUACAAUGACAUCGCCUAUAGACUCACCCAAAAAUUAUUCUAUAACUACAGAACAACAUUAUCAAGGAUCAGUAGACCAACAUAUUGCAGUACAAGACCAGACUCCUACCAGACCAACAUUACUUCAAAUGAUGUCCAUUCCGCAAUACCGAUAUCAGUGA